AUGUCUCCCUCUGCUAGUUCGGAGGUUCCUUCUUCCAUUCUGAUUGUCGGAAGCGGUGCAUUUGGCCUUUCUACGGCAUAUUCCCUAUGUCAAAACCCACGGUUCAAAAACACGUCAAUCACUGUCGUGGACCGGCAACCCUUCCCUACGCCUGAUGGCUCGAGUAUUGAUACCUCGCGCAUUAUUCGCCCCGACUAUGCUGCCGCACGCUACACCCGCCUCGCUACCAUUGCGCAAAACCGCUGGCGGACCGACUUUGCGACCGAACACUACCACGAGGUCGGACUGUGCGUGACGGCCUGGGGCCCUGAACAAAAGUACGUGACUUCGUCGCUGGAAAAUGUUCGUGCGAUUGGAACGGACAAGGUCGAGAUCCUUAAUUCGCCAGAGGAUAUCCAGAGGGUGUGCGGCCUUGAGGGCAAGGACCCGUGGGGCAAUGGCAGUACCGGAUACAUCAACUGGAGCUCUGGCUGGGCGGAUGCCGAGGGCGCCAUGAUAUGGCUGCGGGAAAAAGUCGAAAGUCUGAACCGAGUCAAGUUCGUUACUAAGCAGGUGAAGAAGCUGUUGAUCGACCACAAGACCAACACCGUGUCGGGCGUUCGUCUGAGCGACUCAAGCGAGCUGAAGGCGGACCUGACAGUGCUGGCAGCAGGCGCAUGGACUGCGGCGCUCAUAGACCUACGGGGCAUCUGCAAAGCUACUGGACAGGCCAUAUGCUACAUGCCGAUUUCGGAGGAGGAACAAGCCAAGCUGGGUGACUGCCCGACCAUCUUGAACCUCUCGCAUGGUCUUUUCAUGAUUCCGCCCUCAAAGAAGCUGCUCAAGGUGGCGCGCCACGGUCAUGGCUACCUCAACCCCACGACCAUUCCACAUCCCGAAUCGGACGACCCCAGCGAGACGAUUACAGUUUCGUUGCCUUACACAGGUGUCGACGACCCGACGCAGGUUGUUCCAGCAGAGGGACAGCGUCAAUGCCGAGACUUUCUCAAAGCGAUCCAUCCCACCAUUGCUUCACCCUCGCGCCCGUUUACCAAAUCAAAGAUUUGCUGGUACACGGAUACCAGGAACGGCGAUUUUUUGAUUUCUUACCAUCCAAAGUACAGCGGCCUGUUUGUAGCCAGCGGUGGCUCUGGCCAUGGCUUCAAGUUUUUGCCCAUUAUUGGUGAUUGCAUUGUAGAGUGUAUCCAGGGCCAAACCCCAGAGGACUUCAAGGGUCGCUGGGAUUGGCCCGCUGAACGUGUUCCUGAGGACCAGUGGCCAGGUGACGGCAGCCGAGGUGGGCCUGUCGGACAGGUACUGCAGCAAGAGAUGGAGAAGAGCGAGGCCAAGUUAUAGAUAUAGACAUCUCCCUUGUAGAGUUCAACCCCGUUUUGAGAAAGGUUGGGUGCGGGUUUUCUGUAUAUAAAGCAUCAAGCUCACCCAGUCAUGCUUCCUUUAGUGAGAUUC